GUGGAUAAUGAUGAUUGAUUUGUAAGAACGAACAUUCUGUUAUUUGUUGAAUACAAUUUUUUUUUUAAAAAAAGAUGGGAAUUCUCUUUUUCUUUUAUUCACUUGUCUGUUUUUUGUUGGUAAUUAGUGAAAGCAUUUCUUCUUCCUCUGUGAUGAUGCAUCAUGUUUACUCUCCCACUGAAGCUUUUGCUUUGCUUCACUUCAAACAAUCCUUUCAAAUCUCUGACCAACCUAGCUGUUGGGAUGAGACUGAUCUGCAUUAUGAGAGAUAUUUUGAUAUCCCAAAAACAAAGUCUUGGAAUGAGAGUAGGGAUUGCUGCAGUUGGGACGGGGUCACUUGUGACAUGUUAACCGGUCAUGUUAUCGGAUUGGACCUUAGUUGCAGUUUGCUUUUGGGUACUAUUCAUCCCAAUAGCAGCCUCUUCCAACUCCAUCAUCUCCGGACACUAAACCUUGCUUGCAAUGACUUGUAUUCUUCUUCAAUCCCGCAUAACAUUGGCCGAUUGAGGAAUUUGAGGCAUCUCAACCUUUCUUAUUCUUUCUCUGGAGGGGAAAUCCCAACAGAAAUAUCAUACCUUUCCAAUUUGGUUUCACUUGACCUUUAUUGUUAUGAAUGUGAACUUGAUGAGAGAACAUUUGAAACAAUUCUUCAAAACUUCACAAAUCUGGAGGUAGUUUCUCUCUAUUGUGUCAACAUCUCAUCUUCAAUACCUGUGAAUAUUUCUUCGUCCUCGUUAAGGUACGUGAACCUUGUAAAUACUAAUCUGCGAGGUGUUAUCACAGAGAGCUUUUUCCUUCUGCCAAAUUUGGAAAGGCUCUAUUUGAGUUGGAAUGAUCUUCUCAAAGGAGUUUUACCAAAGAUCCACCCGAGCAACACUCUGUUGGAGUUGGAUAUUUCCUACACAGGAUCUCCGGUGAGCUGCCUAUGCCAAUUCUCUGGUUCCAUUCCUGAAUCCAUUGGCAAUCUUACACAAAUGCGGAAAUUGAAUUUUGGAAAUAAUCAUUUCACCGGCUAUAAUCCUUCCACAAUCUCUAAAUUGAAGCACCUCACAUCCCUAGACCUUUCGUCCAACUCCUUUUCAGGUGAAAUUCCCGAUAUUUUUUCUAACCUCCAAGAGCUAUGUUAUUUAUCUCUUUUUGACAACAGCUUCAUCGGUUCGUUUCCUUCUACAAUUGUAAGAUUGACACAACUUCAACACUUAGACUUGUCGCACAACUCACUGAAUGGUACCAUACCAUCUUCGGUCUUUAGCCUCCCUUUGCUAUCUUCAUUGUCGCUCCAACAUAAUCAAUUUAGUGGACUAGCCGAUGAGUUCAAAACAAACCCAACAUUAGAACACCUAGAUUUAAGCCAUAAUCAACUCAGUGGUUCUUUUCCUCAGUCACUUGCGAGUCUCACAAACCUUUCUACCCUCAUCCUUUCAUCAAAUAACAUCACCGUCAAUGAGGGAAUACAAAUCACUUUUCCUAGCCUAGAAGUUUUACAGUUAUCGUCUUGUGAACUGAAGGAUUUUCCACACUUCUUGACAAAUGUGAAGUCACUUAGGAUCUUGGAUAUUUCUAACAAUAAGGUUCGUGGCCAAAUCCCAAACUGGUUUAGCGGCAUGAGGUGGGACAACUUGUGGUACCUAAACCUUUCGCAUAAUUCUUUAACAGGCCACCUACAACUAUUUCAUUUCCAUAAUCUAGAGUAUCUUGAUCUUAAAUUUAACUCCCUUCAAGGUCCAAUACCUUCAUCCAUUUGUAACAUGAACGAUCUUCAAUUUCUACUUUUAUCACACAACGACUUCAGUAACUCGAUUCCAAGUUGCUUGGGAAGCAUGUCUAGUCUAACAGUGUUGGACUUAAGAAGGAACAAUUUCACUGGGAGUCUUCCAUCGUUAUGUGCGCAGAGCACUUCAUUGAGUACCAUUGUCUUGAAUGGUAAUCAAUUUAAAGGAACUCUCCCUGUGUCGUUGCUCAACUGCAGUGGUUUAGAAGUUCUUGAUUUGGGGAAUAACGCUAUAAAUGACACAUUUCCUGCUUGGCUAGGAACACUUCAACAACUGCAGGUCUUAAUAUUAAAGUCCAAUGUGUUCCAUGGACCAAUUAGUACUUGUCAGAGUAGGUUUUGCUUUCCCAAGUUGCGAAUUUUUGAUCUUUCGCAUAACAAAUUCAGUGGCUCUCUACCUGCAAAAGUUUUUGGAAACUUCAAGGCAAUGAUUAAAUUAGACGGUGAAGACACACGAGAGAUCAUGUACAUGAUGCCAUCUAUAAUGCCAUUUUACUCAUCAUCAUAUGAGGAUUCUGUGAGUUUGGUGAUCAAAGGGCAGGAUAUUGAGCUAGAAAGAAUCAGCACAAUUAUGACAACCAUAGACCUCUCGUGUAACCAUUUUGAAGGUGUCAUUCCGAAAACACUAAAGGAUCUCAGCUCACUUUGGCUACUCAAUUUAUCCCAUAACAAUCUCAUAGGUCAUAUUCCAAUGGAAUUGGGGAAAUUGAAUAAGCUUGAAGCAUUAGAUCUCUCUUGGAAUCGGCUCACUGGAAAGAUUCCGCAGGAAUUGACAAGGCUAACAUUUCUGGAAAAGUUAAACCUUUCUCAGAAUGUUCUCGUUGGACCAAUUCCUCACGUUCUACAAUUCAACACAUUUGUAAAAUAG